AAUUGUGCAAUUUGUCUUUUUCUAAUCUCCGCAUCGUCUCCGUCGUUCAUCCUAUUGAUACAUCCGAAUGUCGUUGAUCCGAUUUCUCUCUCAUAUUUUCUGCCGAUAGGCCACUCAGGUUAGGUUUCUUCAUCGAAUUGUGCAAUUUCGUCUCAGCGCCGAGAGUCCGAUGUCGUUCAUACUCUGGAUCUAUGUGAAACUCAUUGAUCGAUCUCCCUCUCUCAUAUCUAGAGUUUGUCGGUUAGAUGGCGGAACAGAAGAAGGAAGCUGGCGGCAAAGAGAAGAAGUCCUUUCUCUAUGAUGAAAUUGGAAAUUAUUUCCUUGGCUCAUGGACGAAGAUGGCAGUGGAUGACACUAUGGAUUUCAACAUUGAAACAGUUCCAAAAGGGGAUAUAAAACGAAGGCAUUCAACUUUGGGAACUUGGACAUCGAUUUUAAUAUGGAUGGAGAUUUUGCCAAGUUACAAUCCUUCAAGAUGGACAUGCCAGACCUUGAUUUCUCAAGCCCCGAACAUGUUUUUAAAUCGAAGCAAAAAGUGGAUAGAGGAUCCUCUAGUGGACAGCAGAAAGGAAAAUUAGACACCUUUGACAUCUCUUUUGAUUUUGACGGAUUCAACCUCGAUGAAGACAUAAUCAAGGU